AGAUUACCCAAUGAAGUUCUAUACAAAAUAUUUGAUUUACUUGAAAUGGAUGAUUUAUCCCGCGCUACAGCUGUAAAUAAACGUUGGCAUAAAGUCAUCAACCCCAUUCUAUGGAAGUCAGUAAUACCUGAUGCUGCACUUAUCAGUUGCGUACCUGCAUUUGCUAUGGCAGACAGAAAGUAUAAAACAACCCAUUUUCAUCCAAAAUCACACAUAUCGCCACGCUUUUCUUUUCACAAGCCCCAAUACGGAAUUGCUGUUCGCUCACUCGAUCUCACUCAUAUUUCUUUCUCUGUAACGGAUUGCUAUAUUCGUCAUAUCGCGAGUUAUUGUCCGAACUUACUCUAUUUGAAUCUUUCCGAAUGUCACUACCUCACAGACGAUAGCCUCUUUUAUAUUAGUCGCUGCUUACCGUCCCUCGAAACACUUAUUUUGCAAGGCUGCUAUCUGAUCACUGAUAAAGGACUAUCCGUGCUUGCUGCCAACCAGAAAAAUUUAGUUACGGUGAAUUUAGGUGGCUGCACUGGCAUUACAGAAAACGGUGUCAUAAACCUCCUCACAUCUACUUGUACUUCUUCUAGCAGUGACAACGGAAAGCAAAAAUCUUCGUCCAUCCGACGACUUUGGUUGAAUGACUGCCGUUUUAAAAAGACAAGAAUACUUCUUCAGCAGAUUGGUCGCACCUGCAAUACACGACUUGAAUGGCUGGAUAUUGCUCGCUGUGGUCAUGACGGUGGCAAAGAAGGUGACACCGAUUAUGACUAUGGUAACCUUCUUCACCACUCCGAUAUUGAACAGCUUAUUUUGGCCUGUCCCAAUGUAACCCGUCUUAACCUUGGCAUGAAACCUAUCAAGGAGGAGUCAGCCAUCACGGCUUUAAUGAAUGCUCAUGAAGCCGAAGAUCAUCCGUUCAACGAGUUGACCCACUUACUUCAGCGCUUCAACCUUGAACCUUCAUUAUCGCAAACGUCGCAACACACCUUAAGAGACCAUCGUCUUCGCAUGAAUGCGCGACAGAUUCAACUUCAACAACGAGACGUCAUAUCGUCGGAUACAGUAACCUUUAUUAUCACGCAUUUGACAAAAUUGGAGCGCUUGGAUUUGUCUCGUUGGAGAUGUCUAUCCGAGAAGGUCAUGCACACAUUGUCA